AGAAAGUACUGUGGUGUUACCAUGGUCCAGUGACGGUAUUAGAUGAUAAAUAACAUCAUAUACCAUAGUAAUACCAAGCUACAUAUUUGAUAUGUUUUUGUUUGUGUUUACUUGUCACUUCUUGCUCUUUUUCAUGUUUACUUGUGACCAUAUUUCUGCUGAUGAAACACGUGUGUGCGUGUGAUUGUGGUGCUGAUUCAUGUUCUCCACCGCUGCUCUCUUCUGUAUCUGGGUCAAAACUGUUCUUCUGGAGCAGGUCUUGAUUAUGUGAAUGUAUUUGUGUGUGCGUGGUGAGGAAGUGGGUGUGGCCGGGCUGUGAGGGUGCACGCCUGGCGCUGAGUUGCCCCAAUCAGCGGGAGAGAGAGAUUAGGAGGAGCCGGGACACCAGAGAGAGAGAGAGAGAGACAUGGAGCUGUGUUUAUGUCUGCGUGUCAGUGUUCUGCUGAAAAGCAAAGUUUUAUGUUGUCUUUAAGUUGAACAUUAAAGUCUACGUGUAUUGUUCAAGCCGGUCCCAGCUUCCUCCUUUUCCCACUUACGAACAUGUUACAGUGUGAUUUGGCAUGAAUGUGAAUGUGUGUAUCUGUGUAUCUCUUUCCUAACUGCCUGUUUCUCUCUGUCCUUCUUGCUUUCUGUAUUGGACGUCGCUGUCAGAUGGAGUUCUCCACGGGCGGCUCCAGUAACACAGACACUGGGAAGGCAGCUGGAAACCUGGAGACUAAGUAUAAAGUGAAGGAAUUAGGCUUGAGUUUAAACCAGAAAUGGAACACAGACAACAUCCUGACCACUGAAGUGACUCUGGAAGACCAGCUGGCUAAAGGUCUGAAGUUGGGAUUGGAUACUUCUUUUGUGCCCAACACUGGGAAGAAAAGCGCUAAACUGAAGACGGGUUAUAAGCGAGACUACAUGAAUGCGGGCUGUGAUAUAGACUUUGACCUGGCCGGACCGACGGUUCACGCCGCAGCGGUUCUGGGUUAUGAGGGUUGGCUGGCCGGUUAUCAGAUGGCCUUCGACACGGCCAAGUCCAAACUUGCCCAGAACAACUUUGCUUUGGGCUACAAGGCGGGAGACUUCCAGCUACACACUAAUGUUAAUGAUGGUACAGAGUUCGGCGGCUCCAUCUAUCAGAAGGUAAAUGAUCAGUUGGAGACGGCGGUGAAUCUGGCGUGGACCGCCGGCAGUAAUAACACACGCUUUGGCAUCGCUGCCAAAUAUCAGCUGGAUAAAGAUUCAUCCAUCUCUGCCAAAGUGAACAAUGCCAGUCUGGUUGGAGUUGGAUACACACAGAGCCUCAGGCCAGGUGUGAAGCUCACCCUCUCUGCUCUGAUCGAUGCAAAGAACUUCAAUGCUGGCGGGCACAAGGUUGGCAUGGGCUUUGAGCUGGAGGUGUAGACAUCAUGCAGAGAUGAAAGAAGAGAACCCACAGAGAGCUGACAGUCCCAUUUCACCCAGAUUUACUAAAUAAAUAGACCUUAAUAAAUUGGCCUUACAGUACCUCAUCCAAUACGAAAAAGGUUCACUAGUCACAUGACCCGUGAUGUUCCUGGUGUAACAGUAGCCAGCUGGUACGUGUGCACUAGCGACUGACGCUAGAGGCUGUAGCCUUUUGCCUCCUCGUUAGCGUGCCUGCCUUCCAUGCUAGAGACCCCGGUUCGAAUCCCGCUCGGAGCGGGUCGAGCAGGAGCGGUUACAGUGGUGCCGUGACCCAGAUGGGUGUGAGGUUUAGGGGGGUGAGUGUAACAGUAGACAGCUGGUACAUGCUUGUGCAGUAUGUAAACCUCACUCCCCUGGCCUCAAGUGGUGCACUAGGGACAGUAGCCUUUAGCCUCCUUGUUAGCGCACCCACCUACCAUGCUGGAGACCCCGGUUCGAAUCCCGCUCGGAGUGGGUCAACCAGGACCGGCUACACCAAUCUUCCAAACCAUCACCAUGACAACAUCUGUGUGUAACAACACUAAGACAGCCAGUCAUACAGUACCAUAUAGUUUCUUUUUAAAUGGACUUCCAUUUCUACACUUCAUUAAACAAGCGAGAUGUUUAAAUACCCUUAUUAUUCUGUUGAGUAAUGUUAAAUUAUAAAUUAUAAGGAAUGACACUCUGGAAGCCCUUUCACUCACGUUUGUUCAUGUUAUGUCUUGAUAACAUUCAUAGCCAAACGUUUAAUAAUUUCUCAUUUAGGUUGUCUAUGUUUGUGGGCUGGAGUUAGUGAAGGACGGCAUAUUUUUUCCCCUGAAAAACACCUAAAUUAUGUUAAAAGUUCAGGACUAGAAGAGGAAACCGAUAUUGUGGAACUCAAUAAAGAGGAUUGUUAAUGGA